GAAUAGUGAAUAAUACCACAAAUGAGAAGUGGAACUAGUACCAAACGGUAGCCAUAGCGCCAUCUCUGUUUCUCUACCAGUUUCAAAAUAAUAGAAAAUUUGUAUUAAAAAAAAAAGAAAAAAAAAAAGGCGAGUAGACUGUUGAAAAAUUGAACCCAAUAAAGAGCGAUAAAAUAAUGGUACUUCAAAGUCUCCGCCUAGACGUUAGUCGCUUUCUCUGCAUUCCGUUAGCUGUAACCGUCAUUCUUUCUUCCUCUAUUCCUUUCGCCGCCGCAGCACUCUCUCAUCACCACCACAACCACCGCCGUCGCUUCGCCUCCGAAUCGCCAAUGAGCUCACCGCUGCAGUCUCAGUCUCCGCCUCCUCCGGUGGCGAAGAAGGUGGAGCAUGUGAUGGAGCUGUUCGGCGAUGUGAGGAUCGACAACUACUAUUGGCUCCGAGAUGAUUCCCGCACCGAUCCUGAGAUGCUCUCCUACCUCCGCCAGGAGAAUGCCUACACCGAUUCCAUCCUGUCCGGAACCAAGAAAUAUGAAGAUAAGCUUUUUGCUGAGAUAAGAGGAAGGAUUAAGGAGGAUGAUGUCUCUGCACCUUUACGCAAAGGACCUUAUUACUAUUACCAGAGAAAUUUGGAAGGGAAGGAGUAUGUUCAACAUUGUAGGCGCCUUAUAUCUGAUAGCCAAGAGGUGCCGUCUGUGUAUGACACCAUGCCCACAGGACCUGAAGCUCCUCAGGAGCAUGUUAUUUUGGAUGAGAAUAUCAAGGCACAACAUCACCAAUACUACAGUAUUGGUGCUUUUAAGGUUAGCCCAAAUAACAAGUUGGUAGCAUAUGCAGAAGACACCAAAGGAGAUGAAAUAUAUACUGUUUAUGUCGUUGAUGCUGAGACUCAAGCUCCUAUAGGACAGCCUCUUGUUGGUGUAACAUCAUACCUUGAGUGGGCCGGUGAUGAUGCUCUAGUUUAUAUCACAAUGGAUGAGAUUCUCAGGCCUGACAAGGCAUGGUUUCAUGUGUUGGGAACAGAACAAUCAAAGGAUACUUGUCUCUACAUAGAAAAGGAUGAUACAUUUUCUCUUGACCUUCAAGCUUCUGAGAGUAAGAAAUAUUUAUUUGUUGCAUCGGAAAGUAAAAAUACAAGGUUCAACUUUUAUCUGGAUGUUUCCAAACCUGAGGAGGGUCUUAAAGUUCUGACACCACGUGUAGAUGGCAUUGACACAACUGUCAGCCAUCGUGGAGAUCAUUUCUUUAUUAAGAGGAGAAGUGAUCAAUUUUUCAAUUCAGAGGUUGUAGCUUGUGCUGUCAAUAACACCUCAUCAACUACGGUUCUUAUUCCCCACAGGGAAAGUGUAAAAAUUCAGGAGAUACAACUUUUUAAUGAUCAACUUGUUGCAUAUGAGAGAGAAAAUGGUCUACCAAAAAUAAUGGUUUAUCACCUUCCACCUAUUGGUGAACCACUAAGGAGCCUUCAAAGCGGCCAGGCAGUUAGUUUUAUUGAUCCAGUGUACUCAGUAGAAUCUUCGGAAUCAGAGUUUUCCUCGAGUAUUGUACGGUUUUCAUAUAGCUCAUUGAAGACUCCUUUCUCUAUAUAUGAUUAUGACAUGAAGGCAGGUGUUUCAGUUUUGAAGAAGAUUGACUCGGUUCUGGGAGGUUUUGAUUCAACACGUUAUGUCACUGAAAGGCAGUGGGCACCUGCUUUGGAUGGAACUUUGAUUCCCAUAUCAAUUGUUUACCGAAAAGAUCUUGUGAAACUUGAUGGAUCAGAUCCAUUACUACUUUAUGGCUAUGGGUCUUAUGAGAUUUGCAUAGAUCCCAGUUUCAAGUCAUCAAGGCUUUCAUUGUUAGAUCGGGGUUUUAUAUAUGCAAUAGCUCAUAUACGUGGAGGUGGUGAAAUGGGGAGACAGUGGUAUGAGAAUGGGAAGCUUUUGAAGAAAAAGAACACUUUCACUGACUUUAUUGCAUGUGCUGAAUAUUUGAUUGAAAAAAAAUUCUGUUCUAAGGAAAGACUGUGCAUCAAUGGACGAAGUGCUGGGGGUUUGCUAAUUGGUGCAGUUCUUAAUAUGAGACCAGAUUUAUUUAAGGCUGCUGUUGCCGGAGUACCUUUUGUGGAUGUUGUGACAACAAUGCUUGAUCCAACUAUUCCUCUCACAACUUCAGAAUGGGAGGAAUGGGGUGAUCCUAGGAAGGAGGAAUUCUACUUCUACAUGAAAUCAUAUUCCCCCGUGGAUAACGUGAAGGCACAGAAUUAUCCGGACAUUCUUGUUACAGCUGGAUUAAAUGACCCACGGGUUAUGUAUUCUGAACCUGCAAAGUUUGUGGCAAAACUGAGGGAUAUGAAGACCGAUGAUAACAUACUGCUGUUUAAAUGCGAGCUUGGAGCUGGGCAUUUUUCAAAGUCAGGGAGAUUUGAGAAGCUCCAAGAAGAUGCCUUCACUUACAUAUUUAUCCUGAAGGCUCUAAACAUGACCAGUCAGCUUUAGUCUUUAGAUGAAUGAGGCACGGAUGCACUUAAGAAAUGGGGCAAUUGGUACAUCCAUGGCUUGAGUGAGAUCAGAUGCAUAUACCCUUGUUCUGGGCUUAUCAUGUUCGACGUUUGGGUGGCGUUAGGGAUUACAUUACCAACAAUUCCAGGAUUUUUAUGGAUAAAAUCCGAAAUUAUCUUGUUUACAAUUAGCUCUGAUAAACGAAAACAUGUCAUUGGCGCAAUUAUAUUUGCAAUCAAUCUUAUGAUUGGAGGGUGUGGCAAUUAAGGAUGAUACAUUUGUGCGUGUUUGGAUUUGAUAUAAUU